UUAACAAAGGUUCUCAUUCACCUUGUUCGUAUGGAUUUGGAGUGUGCAGAUGCCUCUAUCCUUGAUAAAAAAUUGAGCCCAUUUGGUCGAGCCCUAAUGGAGAUAUUCAAACUUUUUUUCCUUGUCUUGUUACUUAUGGGACACCCUGUAUAAAUAGAAAAAAACAAAUUUUUUAAAGGUUCCUCAAAAUCGUAUUAAUGGUCGACUUCAAGAUCUAUCUUAACUUCGUAGACCAACUGUUGAAAUUCUUGGAAUUGGAGAAGAAGAAGCAGCUUGAGAUAUUGUUUUAUCUUCAGCAGGUAAAUUUUAUUCUAACUAAACCAUUGAAAUGAAAUUUUUUUUCUGUAUUUAAGUUCGGCAAGUGUUCAAUGUAGUCGUGAUCAUUAUGUAAUAUUUGAUGUAAUGACACCAGAUGGUCUUGGUAUUCAUCUUCGACAACCAGCAUUCCUGAAAUAUUUAUUCCAUUUACGUGGUUCACAUAUAGAACAAACACCAUUCUUUAAUAAACAUAUUUAUAUGAAAGAUCAACAAUAA